UGACAGCGUGAUGUUAAAGCCUGUGUGCUUCCAGUAUUUUCGUCAGCUCUCCUUUCUAGAACAUUUGUGUCUUAGCCGAUGUUAUCAGAUAUCACCUGCUGCCUUAGUAGAACUUGGUGAAAUUCCAACAUUAAAGACUCUUCAAGUGUUUGGAAUAGUGACUGAUGGAUGCCUAAAGCUCCUCAAGGAAACUCUUCCCAACAUGAAGAUCAAUUGUUCACAUUUUACAAGUAUUGCAAGGCCAACUGUUAGUAGUAAAAAGAACCAUGAGAUCUGGGGCAUCAAAUGCAGAUUGACACUGAGAAACCCUAGUCACUUCUGA